CUUGUUCGUGGGCGCCGUCCAAACGACUUCGGAGGCUUGUGCUGAACGAUCGCGAAGCCUGUCUCGGAAUUAAACCACCUAUUCCUAUUUUUCCGCUUUCAAUCAUGAGGGCUCUGAUUUUGCUGCUCGUUUCUUUAGCAGUGGGAGCAUCAGCUCAGUGCGCAUGCAAGUACUUGAAGUGGGCUACCUGUGAGCAGACGUCGACUUGCACUUGUACAGUCCAAGUUGUGAAUGACACAGCGCAUCCCGUAAAUUGCACUACACUGGUUUCCAAGUGCCACGCGAUGAAGGCAGAGAUGUUUCAACUCACGCGUGGGAAAGGAAGGUUUGGAGGGAAACCCACUGAGCACGCCGUGACAGACGACGACGGGAUCUACGAUCCUGUAUGCGAGCGCAACGGAGCCUUUCGUCCCCAACAGUGCAACAAUACAAAUCAGUGCUGGUGUGUGAACAGCGCUGGCGUCCGUCGCUCAGACAUGGGCGAUCGCCAGCUCAAAUGUGAAGCGGUAGAGACCUACUGGAUACGCAUCGAUCUCAAUCACAGACCAAUGAACACUACCCUCAAUGUCACCAACAUUAGAACUGCAAUUGAAACUCUCCUGCAACAGUACAACCUGAACCCAUCCCUAAUAGAAAAAGUUGAUUAUGACAAGGACAGAAGGCUAAUUGUUCUGGACCUCAAGAAGCGGAUGGGUGAUAGGACGGUGGACCUCUCCCGCGUGGCACACUAUUUGGAAAAAGAAGCCAAGAAUUUGACUUUAUUAACAACUCCCACACCAUUGGUCACAGUUGGUGGGCAGCCAAUGAGCUUUGAGAGGGCCACUGUCUAUUACGUUGACGAGACGCCCCCCACCUUCACCAUGAAGAAACUUACUGGGGGUGUGAUUGCUGUUAUCGUCGUGGUGGCUCUGGCAAUUAUUAUUGGUCUGCUGGUCCUGUACCUGAUCAGGAAGAGAGAAUACAAGAAGGCUCAGGUUCACUAGCUGCCUUCAUCGAAAAAAAGAAUUAUUAAGCAAACUGUGCCGUCUUUGGAAUAAUAAAAAGAUGCUUUUUUUUCUGGUUCAUAAAUGCGGUUUGCAUAUGUUUGACGUUCAUGUACAGUUUCAUGUGGAAAUGUUAUUGUAAUAACCUGAGUAUUUCUGUUUGAAACAGCUACACCCUUUUACUGUUUUUAUAUUGUAAGCAUUAAUGUUCUGAAAGUCAUACAGCACACUAUAUAUAUAUAUAUAUAUAUAUAUAUAUAUAUAUAUAUAUAUAUAUAUAGUGUAUAUAUAUAUAUAGUAUAUAUAGUAUAUAUAUGCUUUAAUGUCAAUCACAAUCAAAAUGCUCUUAAUUUCUUACAUUAUACAGUUUUGGGUGAAAUGUGUCUGCAUUUCAAUUGAACUGUUAUUAAUAAAUCCAUAUUUUUUUUCUAAUUCACUUUAGCGGUUUAAUCUUUUUUAUAAUGGUCUGAUUCUUGGAAUAACUUGAUCUCGGCAUCAUGGGUGUUUGUAUUUUUAUUCAGGCCUUGGCGUCUAAUGGUGUCUUUGGUAAAUGUACUCUGCUGCCAGUGUAUUGUAGAGCUACUGUACCAGUGUAUUGUAGAGCUGCCUUACUUUUGAGUAAAUGCACUGUAGUUUUAGACUGCCCAGGUAUUUCUCAAUGCAUUUAAUGUCAUAUAUACUUCACUAGAUGAUAAUAGUGUUAAGUUGCCAUAAGCUGUUUUGUCAAGAAGGCUGAUCCAGUGGAAAAAAUUAGUAUGGGAAAAAAGGGAGGGAUUUGCAUAGAGGACCAAAUGAACAUUUGUUUAGGAUCAACAUUAAACAUUUCCGCAUUCGGCAGCCACUGAUGAACUAUGCUGACCAGAGUUUGUGACUAAUAUGAGAUUACUGUAAAAUCAACUGGACUCAAUAGAUCAUUUUGCUUGGCAGAUCUAGUUUCCUUACACAAUCUGCAAAGCCUUUUUUUUUUAUUUAAGAAAAGGUGUUGAGCCAUUACCUGGAGCAACUAACAUUUUCAAUGGUGCAACACCUGCACAGUACCGUUUACACCUAGAGCAAUUCCCUCUGCCACCUCCUCUGAGCCUUGUAUCUUUUGAGAAGCAUUAUGGGAUGCAGCAGUUCAGUAGCGCAAAAGUAGGCAAUGGGUGGCAUCUAACAAGUCAGCAUUGUGUAGGUAAAGGAUUAUUGAAAUGAGAAGUUAAUGUCAUUUUCCCAGGUCUGAUACCAAAAACUAGCGUUAUGAUCAAAUUGCAGCGUUAAGUUGCGAAGCUCAGGAGUCUUUAUGGACGUUAGUUCUUUUUCAUCUCUUGUCACUUGCCCUCUUUUUGAACAGCAUAGAUAUGUUUGUAGGAAUCAUCUUUGCUCUUUACAUACGACUGAGGUGAUUCAUGAGACUGGAAAAGCAUUGUUAUGGUUCAGUGCUACAUUUUGUAGUGUUUUGUUUUGGUAUUUGGUUAUACCUGUCCGUCAAAGUGAGGUAUUUAACUACACCUAGUGUUUAAAAUUCAAAAAUAUGCAUUCCUCUUUAGCUAUGCAGAACUUUGUAUACAGUAAUAGUGAUUGUACUUUGGGAGAGCUUGAAAGUCUACAUAGUCUGUCAGUCAGCUGGGGUAACAACAUAGUAUUUAUGAAAGUUGGAGGAAAGUUUAACGCAGAAUUGAACGAUGUCUAUAACAUUUUGUUAUGGGAAAUGUUUAUUCCUUGUUUUUUGUUACCGUCUGUUGAUUUGAGAGCUCAACACCAAAUGAGCACCACUUCCAUGACUGCUACACCACCAGCUGUUAAUAUCUCUAUUGUAUAACCACAUAAAUGUUAUAUAUACGUUCAUAAUGCUCCACUUUGGUGAACCGUGGAAAACAAGUUCUGUUCCAGUUGCUGCUGGAAUUAUUUCAUGUGUUGUUCUGCUCCACUGUGUAAUGUGUGUGUGUGUGUGUGUGUGUGUGUGUGUGUGUGUGCGUGUGUGUGUGCAUGCGUGCGCGUGUGUGUGUGCGUGUGUGUGUGUGUGUGUGUAGUUUUUGAAAUUAGCACUAGUAAUCUCUAGUAUCCUGCUUCUAGAUCCAAUAGUAAACUUAAACUAGAAUAGCUUUACCUGUAUUAUUGUUUUUAAAAUAUUGUAUUUCUAAAAAGUCUUUUUAAUAUCAAUGAAUUACCUUUUAGUGAAUUAUUGUUCUAUGUGAUGUAAAUGUUACUAGCUUUGGUGUCUUUAGUCUGAAUGUUAUGUGUGAGACAUGCUGGCUGUCAGUCUGUACCAUGGCCUUGCUUUGUAAUAAAGACUUUAUUAUAGUA